UGAAAUUUUUGUCCAGUAUUUACCGAAAGUUCAACUUAAUUCAAGUGUACGAAAAUGGAUAAAAAAACGUCAAGUCCCUUCAUUUUUGAGGAAGUGAAAACACCAAUUGGCAAAAAAACAAUGAUCGAUAAUGAAAACACGUUUUUAUUGGCAAAUACAAAACCCUCGUCCAAUUUACAUUUGCCAUUCCCAAAAGAUUAUAAGUUCGAAUCAUGUUUUUUAAGCACGAGUUUUGAAGAUUUUGCCAAUGACUACCGAACAUUCAAAGUAAGAAGUGACGAUGUGUGGAUUCUUGGAUACCCGAAAUCGGGCACAACAUGGACGUUGAAUAUUGUUUCGCAGUUGAAAAAUGGUUUUGAUUUUUCCAAAGAACCGCUUGCAAUAUACACUGGUCUUUUUCUAGAACGUUUUACUGUGAAUCCGGAGGAUGGAUAUAAAGAUUUAGAAUUAUUGAAUAAGGCACCGUCGCCGCGAGUGAUACAAUCACAUUUACCACCACAUUUAUUGCCAGUAGAAUUGUGGACGGUUCGACCGAAAAUUAUUUAUAUGGCACGCAAUCCAAAAGACGUAGCUGUUUCAUUUUUUCACAUGAGCAGAGAUGCGUUAAAAUACUAUUCAGGAACCAUUGAAGAACAAUUCGACAUCUUUUUGGAGAAUAGAAGCCUAUAUGCACCACUUCAUGCUCAUAUACUUGCAUAUUGGCAACUUCGUAACUUGGAUCAUCUUCUGUUUUUAAACUAUGAGGAACAAUUGGCCGAUCGAUUUGCUGCAGUUAAAAAAAUUGCCAAAUUUCUGGAAUGCACGUAUGGAGAAGAAGAAUUAAAAGAGCUCAUGGAAUAUACCUCAAUUGAGAAUAUGAGGAAACUUUACACCAAACCAAUGAAUGGAUUUCAAUUCUUUCGAAAAGGAAAGGCUGGUGGAUUCGUUGAUGAAAUGAGUGAGGAAUAUAUCAAGAAAUUUGAUGAAUGGACAGCUGAAAAUUUAAAAUACUCGGACUUUAAAUUCGCCAUCUGAAAAAUACAUCUCGAUAUAUUUGCUCAAUCUUAUAAGUAUGUUCAUUUCUACGUACAGAAACUGUCUAAAUCUAUGUAAACAUUGAAAUGUCAUCUUAAUUACAAGAAAUAAAAAUAAAAUGUUUGAUAAAAGAGCA